UAUGGGUGCACAAUAAUCUGUUGCAAUGGGAAUAAUUAAAUCAAAGAACUUCACAAUAUUAGGUUAUAAAGAAAAUGAUAUUUAUGGAUCAUUUAAAAUAGUAGAAUCACAAGGAAAUUUAUAUGCCAUGGUUUCAAAGACAUGUUAAAAUUAAGAAGACUAUACAAAUUUAUACAAGAUUUUAAAAGAGACUCAACAAUUUAAUAGUAUACAGUAACUUGUUAAAUUGGUUGAAGUUGAUACUCAAGAAGAAUCCAAUUUAUGUAGUACUUUUUAUAAGGUUUCUGCCUUAUAUGAAUAUUAUGAUAUUACUCUUAGGGAGAUAAUUAAAUAAGCAUCAGUAAAUUGUUUAUUUGUACUAAAAUCAUUAUCUGAAGGAUUAAGAGAACUAUAUACACAUAAUUAAGUACAUGGAAAUCUUACACCUGAUUUUAUACUUAUUGAUAAAUCAAAAGGAGAAAUAAAGUUAAACAAUUGUACUUAAUUGACUGGAUAUAAUCAUUAUAAACGCAUAUUAGCUAAUGAUGGUUUGUGGUAUUUAUCUCCAGAAUUAGUCACUGCAUUUGGAAAAAAGGAUCUAAGACCUCAAUAUAAUCAUGAAUAAAGUGAAGUCUAUCAAUUAGGUUUGAUUGCCUUAGAACUUUGGGGUAAUGGUAAUGUACAAUCAUUUUAUGAUAAAGAAACAUGCACUUUAAAUUAAAGUAAAUAUUAAUAUUAUAUAAUAGGUGUUAUUAAUGAAGCUAUUGAUGAAUUUGGUGUAAGAAAUGGCUAUGUUCUAAAAAAUGUUAUCAAAUAAAUGUUGUAAUUAGAUCCAAAUGCAAGACCAACAAUGACAGAAUUAAGCACUUCUUUUGCACAAUUAUAUGAUAUUUAACUAUAAUUAACAGAGGAAGAACCUAAAUAACCAUUAAAUACAUAACCAGUAAAUGAAUAAUAAGUUGUGACUCUAUGUGAAUUAAAUUAAGAAGAAUAGAAACAUUAAGAAUUAGUUUAGAUCCAUAAAGAAUCUUUCUAAUAUCAAGAUAUAAGUAAUUCUAACGAAGAUUGUAAAUAACAAUUUGAAGAAUCACCUAAAAAAUUAUAAAAAUAAAAUGUGGAAAUUCAUCCUUAUUCUGUUAAAUCUUCAAUUUCUUAAUCAAUAAAAGAGUAUUAUGUUACUGGAUCAAUUGCUGCUUAAUUUGGAUAAUUGGCUCUUCUUGAAAAAAAUCCUUAAUAUUAAUCAAUAGGUACUGCUCAAUUUGAAAAUCAUCAUGAUUAUGAUCAAGAUGUUUUACAAGAGAAAUCUUAAAAUAUAUAACCUCAUUCAACUAAAAGUUAAGAAUCUACUGUUAUCAAAAAGAGUGUUAAAGCAAAUAACAAUCCUCCUCCAAAUAAAAAACCAAUCUCAAUCAAGAGACCAAAACAUGAAUCAUUAGAAACCAAACUUCCAAAAUAAGCAGUUGUUAUCAACAAAAGAAGAUGAU